UUGAAGGCGGUGGACGUCUAGUGUCGACGCCUGGUGUUAGACGCGCGCGAGUGAGUGUUUCGACGUUCUGAAUUCACAGUGAAUUAAUGGAACAAUAAUUGCAGUCUCGGCUCCUUCUUCAAGGUACGAAACGGCUGCACAGGAUUUCAUUGUGUACAUGACCCUGGGCAUGGAACUGCGCGGAAGAAGGAGCUAAGGCUUCAUAAUCACCGUGAUUUGAGCGAUGUUGGAAAACAAGCGAAAUUAUAUCUUUAUUAGCAAAUAAGCUUUCAUAAUUAUCGACCGAAUGAAGUCAGACAUUCCAGAAAUCUUUCACAAAGCCAUCAUAUGUUAUUCUUAACGCUCCGUGUUCAAGAAUCGAACAUCAGACAUUAGAUCGUUUGUGUUGUUGUUAUAAACACAAUACUGAGGGGAAAACCAGACAGGAAGACAAACUAUCACAUUCACAAUUUCCCUUCCGAUGAAGAAUCAUAUCCGGCCAUGUGAUAAUGAAACACUUAACAAAUUAGUUUAAUGUGACUUUAAAGAGAAAGCUACAGCAGUAGCUUCAGUAGGUAGCAAAGAAGAAAGCGCAUACGACACAGAAGAAAUUCUACAGGGUGGAGGAAAAUAUUGACCGCCAUGAGAGAGGAUUAUUUCACGCCGUUCAUGUUUAUCGCCCUGUUAUGCCUAGCAGCGCUGUUGCCUCAAGGUGUGCUGAGUUUGAAGCUGCUGCGAAUUGUCGUGCCUCCGUACACAUAUCAGGGAGAGAAGGCACUGCUACAGUGUCAAUACGAACUGGAGAAUGACCGCCUCUACUCUGUCACGUGGUAUAAGGACCACGAAGAAUUCUAUCGAUAUGUACCCAAGUCACACCCACCACAGCACAGUUACCCACUCGAGGGCAUCAAAGUCGAUCAUCACCAGUCCGACGGACAGCAAGUUCUCUUGAAAAACGUGAACCUCAAAGCCAGCGGCAAGUACAGAUGUGAGGUUUCCGCUGAGGCACCAUCAUUCACGUCGGUACACGGCGAAGGACGAAUGGAGGUUGUCGCUCUUCCGAAAGAGGGCCCGCAGAUCACGGGCGAGGAGGGGAUGUACCAGGUCGGUGACGUCAUCAGUCUCAACUGUACGUCCGGAAAGUCAUAUCCGCCCGCGAGACUUCGAUGGUACAUCAACGGGAGACCGGUUGUUCCUGACUACAACGCGGUGGUACAACAGCACGGCCUGGUCACGUCUGUGGUGGGUCUGAGGUUCGAAGUCAGGCCGCACCAUUUCUCUUCAGGUCACAUGCAAAUCCGUUGCGUGGCCACCAUCUCCACGGAUCUGGAGCAAUCAGACCCCCCUGACCGCGCCCCACUCCUCGAGGACAACAGAGAGACCCUCCUGCUAGUUAAAGGUGGAGCUGGUAGGUGGCGAUGCUGUACUGUCACCACGCUACUGCUGACAUCUAUCGCAACUUGGCUCAUCACAUGAUGUGGAAUUUUAAAAGUUUAACAAUUGCCAUCUGUGAACCAAUAUCCGUUUUAAAUACGGAAAAAAAAGUUUAAAACUGCAAGUAUGGCGUUCUUACUUCUUAAAACGCGAAGGAACUGCUGUGUUUUUAUGAAUAUCACUUAGAAGUGAGUGGAUAUUGCGAUUUCAUGAUUGAGAAAAACAAUUUAAUGGACGUUUCGUACACAGAAACAAACGACUGUAAGAAUGAAAGCGAAAUAAUGUUUAAUGCAUAAUGAAAAGUUAUUAAUGAGUGAACAUCUCAGAUAUAAAAGUUAGUGAAUAUAUCAGACAUUAAUUAGAAAUACAUAAACAAACUUACUUUUACACUGACUGAAAAAUAACUUGUGAAACUGUACAGAUGUGAUACCACGCGUAUUUAUGAUUAUAAAAAAAGGAUGGUCUCAUGUUAUUACUUGGCGACUGGACACUUCGACGUGCAGACACUCUUCGCUUUACGUAAUUUCUCUCAUAAGGACUUCAGUCAUUUCGCCUUACACUCUGCUCUGGUGCACAACUUUCUUAAAAAUUUAGUAAUUUUAUUGUUAUUAUUAUAGCAUAAUAUAAUAAGUUUCCUACGAUCGUAUGUUUUCAUUUCUGGAAUUAAAAUGGAAUAUUUCUUUUGUUUUGUUUUUUUUUAUUUUAUGGUCGUUCGGGAAAUUAACACCGAAUUAUAACGCUAUGAUAAGCAGAUAUUCGUAAGAGCUAGGACUGUCUGUACUCUCAUGUGAUGGUUGAACCCAUUUGUGUACUUUAUACUGUUAAAAGAUGUUGUGCUUUAUUUCAGAAGACCUUUAUUACUCUACGUAUGGUUUGUAUCAUUUAAAAGACACAAGUUUUCUAUCUUGAGCUGAGAAUAUUAAUAUACACAUCACAUCCGUUUCAACUUCCUUGUAAAUAGUAAAAAC